GAUUGUUUCGCUGGAUCUGGCAUAUGGCGCUGUAAAACAAGCCCAAGUGCUACGGUUACAGAAACGGAUCAAAAACUUCCAAAAAUUAGUCAGAAGCGUUUCAGCUACCCGAAAAGGUGGACGUUUCAUUUUCGAGCUCAAUUCAAAGUUGCUAAUUUUCGAGUUAGAGAUUUUGGAUAGAGACAUGGAAUCAAUCUGGACAAUAAAACUUUUCCUCGGGCUAUUGGCGGCUUGGUCAUUGCUUUACAUUGCGGCUGAAGCUGGCUAUGUCAGUAGCAGUAGCAGCAGUAUUAGAAGUAGAAGAAGCAAUAGCAGACGCAGAUACAGUUACGUUAUCAGAUAUGGAAGAGAGAGGCAAUGUUAUGGACUCCCAGCUGAAAGACAGUCGCCCAUUGACAUAGAGACCUCUGCAACUAAAUGUUUGUGGAAGUUGGGCCGUAUGUAUAUUCCAAAAUAUACAUGCAAGGAUGUACAUCUAGUUAAUGAUGGAGGUCAUACUGCUCAACUGGAACUGGAUAAAUGUGAUUACACAAUACAAGGGGGACCUCUUGUUGGUCAAUAUAGUGUACUUCAAGCCCAUUUUCAUUGGGGAGAGGAAUCGACAAGAGGCUCAGAGCACACACUUGACGGACAACGAUACCCAAUGGAGGUGCAUAUUGUAACAAAGAUGAGGCGGGGUAAUUCCUCUUGUGCUGAGCUUGCCGUCCUUGGCUUUUUCUUCCAGAUAAGUUAUACAGAUAAUCGAGCAUGGAAUGACAUCAUUAUGGGACUUGGUGAAAUCACUAACCCAGACGAGGAGACGAUUCUUGACAACAUUAACCUCCAGAAACUCUUGCCUCGUAAUAGGUUUAAGUACUAUAGCUACUUUGGCUCACUGACCACACCGCCAUUUUCUCAGAUUGUUAAAUGGACAGUAUUUGAGGAAACAAUAAAGAUAUCGGAAAUGCAGAUUGCACAGUUCAGAACAUUGCUGAAUGAAGAGGGAGACAACAUUGUUGACAAUUUUAGACCAGUUCAACCCUUGAACGGAAGGUCUGUGUACCAAAGCUGGUAA